AUGCCUUCCUCCAUCAUGACCUUCCUCACCGGCCUUGCUGCCCUUUUUGUCGCCUUUGCUGGAGCCAGUGCUCAAACCUGGUCCAGCACUUGGUCUUCCACCACUCUUCAGCCCCUUGCGAUGGGAACUUCCACCCUCGACGGCGCUCUCCUCGUUUCCAUCAACUAUUGCACCGUCAUUGUCAACACGCAGUGCCAGGUUUCCGUCACCACAUCUCUUCCUUCCCAAGCGUCUCCUGUGUCUUCCACCCCCAUCCCGACAACCAGCCCUACAAUCCCGUCUGUUCCCAUUCCUACGCCCUUCUCGGUCCCCCCGUCUGCUGCAGCUUCCAGCCCAGAAGCACCUCCUUUGACUGCAACGCAGACUGCCAGCUACGGCAGCGAGACGACCGACACGACCCAGGCGGCUGCUACUACUUCUUCUUCAUCCGCAGGCACCUCUGUCGUUACUACCGCAGCAGCAGCCGGCAUCAAGGCUCUCCCAGGAGCUGCCUGGGAUGCCGCCAUCCUCGCCAUUGCUGUCCUUCUCUGA